AACAUUUUCCCGAUAAGUAAUAUUUUCACUCGUUAUUAAUAAUAAACGCGUAAAAAAAUAUAAUGUAAAGGUUUAAAGUAUAUUCAUACCAGGACUCCCCUACCGGGUAUUUCCUCGGGGAUUUCCCAAAAUAAAUUACUAAAAAUAGAUUGUAAUACUGCGAAACUGAUACUGUUCACGGAAGCAUGGAAUUUAUUUUCAUCAUUUCUGAAGAUUUAUGAACGCUGGGUUACGAGCGUCUAAUUACACAGCUGUAGUAUCGAGUUUUGGCGCAGUCUGAUCACCUCGACAUUUAUUUUAUUCUACGAGGAUAGGGAUAUGCCCGAUGUUUCACGACUGAAGCUGAAUUCCAUUUAUGCAUUUGGAGAAUGCAUCCGAAACUUUACAGGGAUAUUGAAAACUUGAUUUACCUUUAUGGUGAAAAGUCUGUAAAAUGUCGGCUUUUGAAGUACAACGACGAGAUAGAUGUUGAACUACAUAUUCCGUUAGGUUUCCUGGAUGAGGAUGUAACGACUGAAGUUUGGAAAGUGCUUAGAUCGGAACCUUUAGUUGUGAGUCUGCGUUUAUCAUUGUCCAGAUAUCUGGAUUCGCCAAGCAGGCCAAAGGUUGAGGUAUUCAAACCUUCAAAGACAGAGGGAAUAGGAUUUGACUGUUUACAAGUACGCAAAUGUAUUGAGAACUUCAUAUCCACAGAAUGGCAUCAUUUGCAUAAAGAUCUUGAAGCAGACCAGAAAAUGGAGAAGACGCAAAGGGCUCAUGUGGGUAUAAAGACUAAUAACAAUCAAAUGAUUGACAUCAUUUCUGUUAUUCGUAUGAAUGAGGUAGUUGAGGAACUUGUAAAUAUCGGCUUUGAAGAAGAGUUAGCAAGGAACGCUUUGUUAAUUACACAUGGCAAUAUUGACGAGGCGGCAACUCUGAUCCUUGACAACCCACAUAAGUGUACCAAAGAAAAUAGUCCAAAUAAAGCUUUAGUUGACACAAAUUCAGGCGCCAAACCGUCAACGUCUGAUUUUAAACCGUCCGAAGUAGAUUCUAAUCAAACACCCUUUAGUUCAAUUUUCCAAAUAUCCGAUGACAAAAAUGUCUUUCGACUUGGAGAUGCGGAAGUAUUUGACGAUGUACCAUUUACAAGGAUAAAGACAGAGAAAGAAAAAGAUGUAAAUGAAAAAACAAAUAAAGCCGACAGAACACGUAGCGCUUGUGUGAUGCCGGAUCCGUAUUUGGAUAACCGGAGUAUGCCAGAAGAUUUGAAUAUAAAGCCACUAACAUUUGAUGGUAAAAAUGCCAAAAAUAUUCCAAGUAUUGCUGAUGGGUUUUUAGUACAGGUGUUUCGCUAUGUAAGACAAAGAAUUCCUACAAUGAAUGAGUACUGCGUAAUCUGUGAUGAGCCACAUGUUUUUCAAAAUGGCGCAAUGUUGAAACCAACCGUGUGCAGUCGAGAACUUUGUGUGUUUGCGUUCCAGACAUUAGGAGUCAUGGCUGACGCUGCAGAGGAUAUCGCAACGGGAGCUGAAGUUGUAGACUUGCUAAUAAAUAUGACCCGUGCUGCAAGCAGAUCAAACCGUAAAAGUAUAAUAUUUGAUCCCUUCCCAACUGUAGUGGAUCCUAAAGAUCCUUGUAAUUUAUUGUUGACACCAAAAAGUCCAGAUUAUGAUUUGGCGGAAACUGUAUUAGAUGCAAUUCCACCGAUGACAGAGAUGUUGUGUUCGACGUCGUUAAAGCAGAAAUUAGAUGCAAACAAUCCGUCAGUAUAUCCCUUAAUACAAUGGAUAAUAACAAGUAACAGGUCACAUAUAGUGAAAUUACCACCAGAAAAACAGUUGAACUUUAUGGAUACCCCUCACCAAUUCUUACUUCUGUCAAGCCCACCAUCUAAAGAAGCUGCUUUCCAGGAGGCUAAAAAGAAGCAUGGCAGUACAUUUGCAUUCCAUGGUUCUAGCAUAGAAAACUGGCAUUCCAUUAUCAGACAAGGUCUGAAGAAUGCAUCAGGAACUAAAUUGCAAAUGAACGGAGCUGCAUAUGGAAAAGGGAUCUACCUAAGUACACGUGUUUCUACAUCAUUGAUGUAUUCAAGAAUUAGAUAUCAUUCACGUAAUGUAGAGAUGAAAGAACCAGAUGAUUAUGGUGAUGGGAAAUCAAGAUUCCUGGUUUCCAGUAACAUUACAUGUGUUGCACUGUGUGAGGUGAUAAAUGUGCCCAUAAUGAAAUACGGUUCAAUCUGGGUUUGUCCAGAGCCUGACCACGUGUGCACGAGAUUUUUCUUUGUCUACGAGGAGUGCCAAGUCGUCGAUUCGUUGAUAGAUACACAGGAUGCUAAAUACUUGCUGCCAAUACUGGAAGCUUGCGGGUAUAAAACUUGAUUUUGGUGCAAUAGACGGAAAAUCACUGAUUUGCAUUUUUUCAGUAUAGUUCACCACGGGAAAAAGCAAUUUGGAUUAAAAGGCAUAUACGCUAGAAUUCCCUGUAUAUGAGAUGGGCGACAUUUUUCCAGUAAUAGAAUUUCUUCAAACUUUGGAUGUUGAAGAACAAUCAUCUAAGAAACAAAAAUAUGC